UUUCACCCAGCAAAGCAAACUACCAAAGAGAAAAUGCGUUCCUUCAUUUUGAUUGCCCUCUUCGCCCUGAUCGCCCUGGCUGCUGCUCAAGGAGGACCACAAGGUGGACAGCAAGGUGGCCAAGGAGGACCUCAAAGUGGUCAGCAAGGAGGACCCCAGGGAGGCUCUCAGGGAGGACAACAAGGAGGACCACAGGGAGGUCAGCAAGGAGGACAACAGGGCGGCCAGCAGCAAGGAGGUCAGCAGCAAGGAGGUCCUGGCGGUCCAUGGGGUCCAUGGGGUCUGCCUCCGAAUGGAACUGAGCUCUCCAACAGCACCACAACCACGACCACUGAGGCUAGCACCACUGAAUCCAGCACCACUACUGAGGUUUCCUCAGCAUAGAAUGCUAGUAAACAACUCUAGAUUUUAAUCGAUCCUGUGACUUAUGACUUAUGUUCCUACUAAACUUGUGAUUCAUCAACUUCAAUAAUAUCCAAAGCGAAAAUGCCAAAA